GCCCGGAUGUGCACUAAAAUGGAACAGCCCUUCUACCACGACGACUCGUACGCAGCGACGGGAUACGGGCGGGCCCCCGGCGGCCUCUCUCUGCACGACUACAAACUCCUGAAGCCCAGCCUGGCGCUCAACCUGACGGACCCCUACCGAGGACUCAAGGCGCCUGGGGCGCGCGGUCCCGGCCCGGAAGGCAGCGGCGCCGGCAGCUAUUUCUCGGGUCAGGGCUCUGACACAGGGGCUUCUCUGAAGCUCGCCUCCUCAGAGCUGGAGCGCCUGAUCGUCCCCAACAGCAACGGCGUGAUCACGACGACGCCCACGCCCCCGGGACAGUACUUUUACCCCCGCGGGGGCGGCAGCAGCGGAGGUGCAGGGGGCGCGGGGGGCGGCGUCACCGAGGAGCAGGAGGGCUUCGCCGACGGCUUCGUCAAAGCCCUGGACGACCUGCACAAGAUGAGCGGCCACCCGGCGCAGCUGAGCUUGGGUCGCGGCGCCUCCGCCUUCAAGGAGGAACCACAGACCGUGCCUGAGGCGCGCAGCCGCGACGCCACGCCGCCUGUGUCCCCCAUCAACAUGGAAGACCAGGAGCGCAUCAAAGUGGAGCGCAAGCGGCUGCGGAACCGGCUGGCGGCUACCAAGUGCCGGAAGCGGAAGCUGGAGCGCAUCGCGCGCCUGGAGGACAAGGUGAAGACACUGAAGGCCGAGAACGCGGGGUUGUCCAGCACCGCCGGGCUGCUCCGGGAGCAAGUGGCCCAGCUCAAACAGAAGGUCAUGACCCACGUGAGCAACGGCUGCCAGCUGCUCUUGGGGGUCAAGGGACACGCCUUCUGAGCGCCCCCCCUACGGAGACUCCAGCCUGGACUGCUGGGCGCACGCCUCCUUGGGCGAGGGGCCGGCAGUGGGCACCGCCAGCCACACUGGACUCUGCCCACGCCCCGCGCCCAGCCCUCACCUCGACGUUUACAGUUUCCCCACUUCCAUGCUUUUUUUUUUUUUUUUUGUAUUUUUUUUCUUUUGGAAACGGACUCGAUUCAUAUUGAAUAUAAUAUAUUUGUGUAUUUAACAGGGAGGGGAGAAGGGGGCGAUUGCGGCGGAGCUGGCCCCGCCGCCCGGUACUCGAGCCCGCGGGGACACUGGGGAGGGGGUCCCCGCCCCCUGCCCUCCCCCCUCUGCACUCUACUGUGGGCAGAAACACGCACUUGAUAUCUAAAGAGUUUAUUUUAAGAUGUGUUUGUGUGUGUGCGCGUAUGUUUUUAUUGAAUCUAUUUAAGUAAAAAACUGAUUCUUUAUUAAAUUGUGGCCUUUUUUUUAUUUCCAAGCCGGGCGGGUGGAGGAAGGAGAGUAAUAGGUGCCCCCCCAACUGCUGUUUGUGUCUCGCUGCU